AUGGCCGGGGAAAGCAACGGCGAGUCUCCGGCAUACUUCCUCACGGAAGACAUAGUGAUCAACAUUCUCCUCAGAUUGCCAAUCGCUUCAUGUAUCUUCCGAUUCCGCUGCGUCUGCAAAUCCUGGCGGAUUCUCCUCUCAGAUCCCCAAUUCAUCCGCAGGAUCCUCUUCUUCCAAACUCCCGCCGACCAGCAAUCCCUCCAAGUCCUAAUCGCCGGUGGAGAAGAUGCUGUCCCUGUCCAGCAGAAGCAGAUCCACUACUCCUUGCACUCCUACGACACCCUCUGCCCCAUCUCUGCCGCCGCCGCCGCCGCCGAGGGUACUGUGCCCUCCGUCCCCUACAAGAUGCGUACUCAGUGGUCAACUUUCCGUUUGACCAUCGUCGGGUAUAGCGACGGGAUAUUCUGCAUCUCCGACGAGAACCAUGGCGGUGCCUCCGACAUCAUUCUGUGGAAUCCGACGACUUGCGAGACCAAGUUCCUACCUCUUUCUCCUUGUCCCCAUCCUCCGUACCUCCGCGUAUGCUGUGAGUACACCGGUUUCGGUUUUGAUCCCCUGACCCGCGACUUCAAAGUUGUCAGAGCGUUGAAAUUUCAGGGAAUUGAAGACGACGGUGAUGAUCAUGAUGAUGAUCUUGAGAAACUUGACUGCCCUCCUCCGUUUACUUAUAAAGAGGUUUAUAGUCUGAGGAAUGAUUCGUGGAAGAGACUAACUGACAAUUCUGAUUUGAUUGGGUACGCACCCAACUAUGUUCAUCGCGAUAGUACAUCACGAAGCGAGAAGUGUUAUUGGUCGUACUCGACGAAUGAUGGAAAUUUUGGUAUUGUUUCGUUUGACAUGAGCAAAGAAGUGUUUGAAGUCAAGACUAUUCCUGUACCUGCUGAUCUAAGUGCUAUUGGCUGGUAUUCUGGAUCUUGUUUUAUGAUAAAGGAGGCAUUCGUGACAACUUUCGAUCUUGUUGAUUUUGAGGAUAUCACUCAGUUUCAUAUAUGGGGAUUGAUGAAAUAUGGAGUUGGUGAGUCUUGGACUAAACUAUUUAACUUUCAAUCACCGGCAAUGAACCGCACCUUAGAAGUUUGGAAGGAUGGUAAAUACAUCUGUUCACAAAAGAUUGGAGAUAGUAAUCGCAAAGCGUUUGUUUUGGAUCCUACUACUGAAGAAGUCAUCAGUGAUUGUCUCGGAAUCGAAAGGAGCACCUACUUGUUCCAAGUUCAUACUUAUACUCCAACUCAUAUUUUAUUAUCAAAUUAA